AUGCCAUUUUUCAGUAUUUUCAGGUGUAUAGGCACCUCUCCCUCUCUUGCCUCUUCCCUGCGCUGCAGCAGCAGCAGGAGCAGCAGCCGCCACUUGAGAGCAGCAGCAGCAACAGCAACAGCAGCAAGGGGGCAAAACCUCCUUUGCAGCUCUGCCUCGAGCAUACACGGACCUACCCUUCCCUGCAGCAGCAGCAGCAACAAGAACAACAGCAGCAGCAGCAGCUCUUAUUCUUCGUGCAGCAGUAGCAGCAGCAGAGCGCAUUUUAGUAGUUAUAGCCAAGACAUUACUGACUCCGCAUGCAGCCAUAAAAACAGCAACACAGCAGCAGCAGCAACAGCCCCUGCUGCUGCUGCUGCUGCUGCUGCACCAGCAGCACGGGCAUAUCCAUUCAUAGGCUUUAGAAGAGAUCCUGCAUGCUUUUUGCAGCAGGAGGGGCUGCUGCAGCAGCUGCUGCCACAAGCAGCAGCAGCAGCAGCAAGAGCAGUAGCAGCAGGCUCUGAAGCAAGACACGGAGUUGCAGCCACUGCAGCAAGAGCUGCUGCUGCUGCGGCAGCAGCAGCAGGCUUUGCUGCUGAUGAAGAGCAGCAGAUUGCUGCUGCACUAGGUAGCGCUGUGGGGAACUUCAAGGCAUUUGCUGCUGCUGCUGCUGCUGCAACAGCAGCAGCAGAACUAGCCCUGCAGCAUAUUGUCAUAGACACUCCUGAUUCUGUCUCCCUGCAGCAGCAGCAGCAGCAGCAGCAGCAGCCACAGCAGCAAGGAGAUAGAUAUUAUUGGGAGACACGAGCACUGCAUGCGUUGCAGCGCCAGCAGCAGUUGCAGCAGGUGCCUGUACACCCGAAGCUGACAGCAGCAGCAGUAGCAGCAGCAGCAAGAACAGCAGCAGCAGCAGCAAGUAUCCCUAUUGAGGUAUUAGGCUCAUUUGCUUACUACUGCAGGCCUUCGCCCCUCGUUCCUCAAUGCCUCGUGCUGUGCCGCAGGCCGCUGCAGCAGCGGCAGCAGCAACAGCAGCAGCAGCAGCAGCAGCAAGUAGAGUCGCUGCUGGAUCUGCUGCAGCAGCAACGCGAGGGUGCAACAGGGCCGCUGCAGCAGCACGAAGGUGCUGCUUUGCUGCUGGAGGAAGAAGAGCAAAUCCUUGACCUAGGAGCCUUCAUGCUCAACAGACAGCAACAGCAACAGCAGCAGCAGCAGCAGCAGCAGCAACAGCAGCAACAGGCAGCUCUCCCUGUGCUGCGCAGCAUAAGAGUCUAUAGAGACACCCCACACAUAGUUGCUGCUGCUGUUGACCCUGAGGGGACAGACAGACCAUUGGCGCUGCUGCGUAUUAGCAGCAAAUACUGUAACUCUUGCUGCAGCAGCAGCAACAGCAACAGCAGCAGCAGCAGCAGCAGCAGCAGCAGCAAGACACAGCUAGUCUCUCCUUGGGAGUGGCUGCCUGCUGCUGAAGAAUUACAAAAUGUUUCGACCUUUGAAUUUGCUUCAGAACCAACUGCAGCAGCAGCAGCAGCAACAGCAGAAGCAGCAGCAGCAGCAGAAACAGCUGCUGCAGCAGCAGCAGCAGCAGAUACCCGCUACUCUGCUGCAGCAAAGCCAUUUGUACUGUUUGCUGCUGGUGUUGACAGCAAAACACUUCGCGCCAACACAAUCCUCCGCCUACAAUUCAAACCUGCUGCUGCUGCUGUUGCUGCUGCUGCACCUUCGUCAGCAGCAGCAGCAACUGCAACAACAACACCACCAGCAGCAGCAACAGCAGCAGCAACAGCAACAGCAGCAGCAGCAGCACGAACUCUUGAUGUUGUUACUUCCUUAGGGAAGACAAUGCAGCUGCAGUGGCGAUUCCCCUUUGUGCUGCAUGCACAGCAGCAACUGGUGCCUCCUGAGAAUAGGAGGGGUGCUGCAGCAGAACCAACACUGCAUUAUGAAGUUGCUGGCAGCAAAGACACGCAAUUAAUUUUCCUUACUGCAACAAACAGGAGCUGUACAUACACCUGGGCAAUUGGAAGGGACAACCCUUACGAUACUCCGCAACUUCUUUAUAAGGGCGUCACGCACUUCUUUGAAUCUUUGUCUCCCUUUGUGUACUUUUUUAUAUGUAAUCCCUCGGGAGGGUUUAGCUGCUACUUGCUGCAGCAGCAAACAUUUACCCGUGCUCUCUCUGCAGCAGCAGCAGCAGCAGCAGUAGAGGCUGAACAGCAGCAGCAGCAGCAGCAGCAGCAGGUGGUGCACGAGGGGCUGUCUGUAAACCCGAAGGCAUGCGCCGAGCAGCAGCUGCAGCAGCGGCAGUUGCAGCAGCGUCAGCAGCAGCCUAAGCAGCUGCUGCCGUCUCUGCCUCCUCCACAGGAGCAGCAGCAACAACAGCAGCAGCAGCUGCUGCCGUUGCUGCUGCUGCACAAGACACAAGAGUUGCGUCUACGUGAUGUAGAUAUAACAACGCAUGCUGUUGCGGUGUAUGCGCAGCGAGCUGCAGCAAGAAACGUCCUACUCGUAAUCAGGCCGCCUACAGCAGCAGCAACAGCAGCACGAAUAGAAGCAGCAGCAGCAGCAGCAGCAGCAGCAGCAGUCGAGGAAACAGGAGUUACGGGGUCUUCGGAGGUGCAGCAGCAGCAGCAGCAGCAGCGGCAGCAGCAGCAGCAGCACGAUCCCCUCAUUUCAGAAGCUGCUAUUGCAGCAGCGGAUAGGGCUGCUGAAGCAGCAGCAGGAGGAGAACGAACAGCAGCAGCAGCAGGAACAGCAGCAACAGCAACAGCAGCAGCAGCAGCAGCAGCAGCAGGAUCUGCUGUUGAAGUACCAUUACCCUUGGGGGGUGUGGGGCGUCUUGCUGCAGCAGCAAAUACAAAUGCUUCUGCUGCUGCAGUGCGUCUGCUGCUGCAGACCCCACUGCAUCCUGCGGUGUCCGUACACCUGGAUCUUUUGUCUCUCCGUGUGUCGCUGCAGCAGCAGCAGCAGGUUGCGCUGCUGCAGCCGGAGCUGCUGCAGUGUCUUGCUGCUGCAUGCUGCACUGAGCAGCAACAACUGCAGCAGAGCAGCAAAACAAAUCCUUAUGCCUACAUCAGCUGUCUCUGGCGGCAGCUGCUUGGGCCCCACAACCAGCAGCAGCAGCAGCUGCAGCAGCAGCUGCAUCAGCUUCUGCAGCAGCAGCAGCAACUGCAACAGCAGCAGCAGCAGCAGUGGGCAGCAGCGGGAUUUGCUGCUAUGUUUGCUGUAGAUAUAUUAUUAGUACCAGCAGCAGACACGCAGCUGCUGCUGCCUAUUACCCUUAUACUCCCUAAACAAUUAAAGGGUUACUGCCAGCAGCAGCAGCUGCUGCUGCAGCAACUGCAGCAGCAGCAACAGCAGCAAGAACUGUUGCCGGGACAAACAGCAGCUUUCCCUUCGUUCUCCGAUCCUCCGUCGUACAGCAGCAGCAGCAACAACAGCAGCAAACACUACACGGAUAUUUGUAGCGAUGAGGGCAGCAGCAGCAGCAACAGCAGCAACAGCAGCAGCAGCAGCACAGUGUUAUCCCUUCCUAGUAGUUCGCCGUUGCUGCUGCAGUCUCCUUGGUCAUUGGGUGCAGCAGCAGCAGGAGGUUACCGUUUGCUGCUGCAUGCAUACGGUGCUUAUAAGGAGCCUCUUGCUGCUACCUUUGAUGCUGCUGCUGCGCUGCUGCUGCAGCAAGGAUGGAUCUUAGGGUAUAUACACUGUAGGGGGGGAGGAGAGGUGUGGGGAGAGGCAGCAGCAGCAGGAAGAGGAGAGAGGAAGCAGCAAACAGCAGCAGAUGUUGCUGCUGCUGUUGCUGCAUUGCAUGCAAUUGGAUUAAGCAGCCCCAGCAACACUGCUGUUGCUGCUGCAUCUGCAGGUGCUGUUGCUGCUGCUCCCUUGCUGCUGCGCAGCAGCAAACCUGCUGCAGACCGUCUGUCUUACAACUGGAUUACAUCGCUCGACCUGCAGCUGCAGCAGCAACAGCAGCAGCAACAUCAACAACAGCAACAACAAGAGCAGCAGCAACUGCAGCAGCAGCAGCAGCAGCAGCAGCAGCAGGAGCAGCCUUGGAUUAGAUGCUUGCUGCUAGAUCGUCCCUUUGUUGAUGUCUUUGCUGCUAUGGAGGAUUUAACGAUGCCAUUAACACAACUAGAAACAGAUGAAUGGGGCUGCAUGCACAGCAGCAGCAGCAGCAGCAACAACCACAAUAGCAGCAGCAGCAGCAGCAGGGGAGUACCAGCAGCAGCAGCAGAAUGUCCACAGAACGAAGCAGACCCGUGGGGUGUAUGGGCAGCUCUAGCAGAGGAAGAGUCUGCUGCUGCUUGCUGCAACAUUACAACCUAUUCCUGCUACGAGCAGCUGCUGCAGCUGCUGCAGCUGCAGCAGCAGCAGCAACAGCAGCAGCAGCAGCAGCAGCAGCAGCAGCAGCAAGGAGCAUUGCUGCCUCAUCCUCUUCCUUCUGUUCUUAUAACAACAACUCUUAGCGAUACAAGAACACCCCCAUGGCAUGCAGCAAAACUAGCAACGCUGCUGCUGCGCCUGCAGCAGCAGCAACAGCAGCAGCAGCAGCAGCAGCAGGGUGUAUAUUUGCGGUGUCUAAUGAGCGGAUCUGGACAUUAUGGCGAAUUAGAGGAGCAGCAGCAAACUCGUGCAGCAGCAGAACUUGUUUGUUUGCUGCUGCGUCUCUUUCCUUAUAAACCCUAA